AUGAACAAGCUGAUCGCCGUGAUGCUCAGAUUUAGACAGGAACCUAUAGCAUUUAUGUCAGAUAUUGAGGGAAUGUUUAUGCAGGUGAAGGUGCACCCCGAGGACCGGGACUGUCUACGUUUCCUUUGGUGGGAGGGCGGCGACAUCACCAAACAACCCAAGACUUACAGAAUGACUUCUCAUCUGUUUGGAGGGCUAUGGAGCCCUAGCUGCGCCAACUUUGCCCUUAAACGCACGGCAGAGGACAACAAGGAUAACUUCGACGUAAAAACUGUGCAGACGGUGGACAAGAAUUUCUACGUCGAUGACUGCUUAAAGUCCGUUGUCUCGGAAGAAGAGGCAGUGAGACUGAUAAAGCAGCUGUGUGAGCUUCUCUCACUGGGAGGAUUCAGACUCACCAAGUUUAUCAGUAACUCACGCAGAGUUAUGAUGUCACUACCAGAGACGGAGUGGGCUAAGGCAGCAGCAAGCUUGGACUUAGAGGAAGAGUGUCUGCCUGCCGAGAGAGCCCUCGGUGUGCUGUGGAGAGUAGAGACCGACCAGUUCGGUUACGACGUAUCCGUGAAGGAUGUUCCUAGCACCAAGAGAGGAAUGUUGAGCUUUACAAGUACAGUGUAUGACCCGUUAGGAUUCGUUGGACCUUUCAUCAUGCGAGCGAAGAUAUUGUUCCAAGAACUGUGCAGACAGAAGCUAGACUGGGAUGAAGCGAUACCCAAGUAUGUCGCGGAUCAAUGGAUAAGAUGGCUUCAAGAUCUCCCAAAGAUAGCAGACUUUAAAGUUCCAAGAUGUCUGAAGCCAAGCGACAGAUUAGAGGCGCCAGUCGCAUUUCAGCUACACCACUUCAGCAAUGCGUCAGAGAAAGGAUUUGGUGCAGUUACGUACUUGCGCAUGGUGGAUGCAUCUGACAGGAUUCAUUGCUGCUUAGUGAUGGCAAAGAGCAGGCUAGCACCGAUAAAGCCAACAACCAUUCCAAGGCUAGAGUUGUCAGCAGCCGUAGUUGCUGUAAAGCUCGAUCAGGCUUGUAGGAAGCACCUCGAGUACACUCUGCCAGAAUCUGUGUUCUGGACAGAUAGUACUAUAGUUCUGCACUACUUGCGAAGCGAGGAAAAGAGAUUCCAGACGUUUGUAGCGAACAGAGUGGCACAGAUACAUGAAGGUUCUUCGUCGAGCCAAUGGAGACACGUUGAUACUAACAACAAUCCUGCAUAUGAUAUCUCUAGGGGUAUGUCAGCUGACGAGAUGAUAACUGAUGAACGCUGGACGCAAGGUCCUACCUUCCUGUGGAGCAAGGAGGAGCUAUGGCCAGCCCAACCUGACUUAGGAGACAUACCUACCGCUGCAGAGAUCAAGAAGGCUAGGGAGAUUUACUUAACUACAGCUACAGAAGCUAAAGCGACCAAGACGACGGUCGACCAACUGUUUGAAAGGUUUUCGUCGUGGCAUGAGCUAAAGCAAGCUGUAGCUAUUAUCCUUCGUGUGAAAGACAUUCUGAGAAAGAAGUCAGAUGUCAAUCGUACUGAACCAGUCACAGGGAAAGAAAUCCAGAGAGCUGAACAAGCUAUUAUAGUCUACAUGCAGUGA